AUUAAUUGGGACGGUCAUGCUUAAUUUGACUACAUCUCACAGUUGAUUCGAUCAAAAUCCGUCAAACGUGAGAGCAUGUCCAGCCUUUCAACGAAUGUCGACCGAAUAUGUAUGAUAUUUACCAUAGAGAUAGAGGAAAGCGCGGCUUACAAGUUACUUCCCCUAUAUAGCAGGCUUCCUAGGGUCAUGUAUACCCUCGCUAAAGUGUAACCCUACGCCCACGAACGAUGGAAGUUACUUUGUAUUGAACACAGAUCGCCUAGACGAUUCUAUUUUUUCCUCCUCACCAAACAUCAACAUCAAUCGUCACCAUUCAUCAAGAACAAUCAUCAAUCAUCAUCAACCAUCAACCAUCAACCACCAAUAUGACUACCCCGGGAACGUCGACGGCGGCACUGUCCGCCAUGAACGAUAUGAAGAAGCUAGCGCAACGGGUGAUAACGGGGAUAGAAUGGGCCAUCGAGGACUGGGACGGGGAGCAGCCAAGGGAAGCGGGAAACAAGACUGCCCUUCUUGUGAACGUGAUGACAUCGGCUAAGCGUCUACUAGGAAAACUAGAAGCCGAGGAAGAAGACGCAGAUCGUCGACGCCAAGAAGCCGAGACGAAAAUAGCCGAGCUGACCAGCAAGGCCGAGGAAAUCCGCGAGCAGCUGCAAGCGGAGAGGGUGGAGUACAGGAGAAAGGUCGACGAGUACUCCACCGAUGUGGCUCGGUUCGCCGACUCCUUCCAGAAGCUCCAGGUCGUCGACGGUACCUCUGCGAGGGAGAUCGAGCGCCUCAACACCGAGCUCGAGGAAGAGAAGAGCACGACCGUCCGCCUUCAAGAGGAUCUGGACCGCGCGAUCGAGAGAGAGUCAACCGCUCUCGCGCGAGUACGGGAACUCCAAGGCGAGAACGAGCGGCUGAAGAGGGAGGCCCAGGAGUCGAACGCACUCCAUCCUCGCAAGCGACCCCGACCAGACGCCCAAGGGGGGGACGGGACCGACAACCGAGAGCCCGGCGGCGACGACACCUGGGACGCCAACAUACGCUCCCUCGGCCAAUGGCUUCUCACCCACAAGCCCAUCCCAGAAGCCGGCUCUCCCCUAACCCCCGACGAAGCGGUCGCCGAGAUGAUGAAAGUCAUCAUAUAUGCUCGGCGCAGACGGACUAUUGACAGGUCAAUUUCCCAUCUCAUGCGCGGGGAGUGGUACUGUUUCCAAGAACUCGCGGAACGAGGGUAUAUGAACCCAAAUUCCGAAAUCGAGUCAGAUGGCACUUGUCGUACACACGACAAGUGUCUACAGGUCAGAAGGGGAGAUUCCCUGGAUGGCCUUGUUUGUUUGGUGGUUAGGAUGGGGGGAUGAGGUGUUGGUGUUGGUGUUGGUGUGUUGUGUUGUGUUGUGUUGUGUUGUGUUGUGUGUUUUGUGCUUUGUGUGUGGGUGUUUGGGCGUUGGUGUUUGGGCGUCGGUGUCUUGGGUGUGGGUGGAGCUGGGUCAGUGCGGCGGCUGGGAAUGAGAGGGAGGGAAUGAGGAUGAGGCGAGGAUGAUCACGAGCACGAGGAUGAGGCGAGGACGAGGAUCAGGCGAUGGGUAGAAGCAUUACUAGAUGGUUGCUAUUGGAGAGCGGAACACGCUGAUGUUGCUAUCGGGGAGCGGGAGCAUGGUGACAUUGCUAUCAGGGACCGGGACUAGAUGGUUGUUGCUAUUGGGGACAGUGGAAUUGCUAUGCUUGGAGCGGAUCACACGAAACAUGGAACAUAUCUGCCGAAGAGAACAAGGACAAUGACAACUAUUGUGAUGACGAUGAA